AAUUUUCAUCAAGAAGUCAAGAAAGUAGCCAGUUCUGAAAGCUUGUCAAGCCUCGACAGUCUCGAAACUGGAGAUCAGAACGGAAAUUAUGUAACUUCGAGUGAAUCAUCCUUGGCUACACGGUGUGACUGUACCCUGUAUAAUCCAGAAAAAUCACAGACUAGAAAUAGCAGUUUGCUUUAUAUAGCUGAAAAUGCUUCUUCUAAAAAUAGGCAUCUAAAUAAUUGUCUGAGAAAUAUAGAGUCCAAAAACAACCAGAACAACUUACCUAUUCUUGACCCUUUGGCUAAACAUAGAGUUCUAACUCUUGCUGAACAUACAAACAAUGCACAAGAGGAAUCAACUGUUUCUUGCAGGUCUGAACAACAACCCUCAGAGGUCUCUACUGCUGAUAAGCAAGAAGGACCAAUACAUAAUUCGUUCACUUUUCUGAAAAAUAUAAAAGAAAAAAACAAUCUGUGUUCUGAAAUGAUAAGCACAUUAGCCACUGAUAGUCCUGUAUUCAAACCUGGCAUAGCCUGGACCGUUUCAGGGGAAGGAAUUCAGGAUUUGAUACAAAAUCAGAGUUCUGAAAUGGCCCCUCAGAGAAGAACUGUGUCUGUACAAACCUCCUAUCAACCUCUUGCAACAUCUGUAAUCUUGUUUCCUAAUCGGAGGUGUUCCACUGACAUUCCCAGAACUUCUUGCUCAGCUCAUAUUUCACAAAAGGACAAAAACAUCAGUACAGUUUUUUUAAAUAAUACUUCGGGCAAAAUGACAGAAAAAGAAGAAAAUAUAAAAUGUAUUAAUAAUGUUAAUCCAGGAUCAUCUGUAUUUCAAGACAUACUAAAUGCUUCCACUCUGUGCAGUGUUAAGCAAACAAAGAAUAAAGAAGAUAAGGGAAAAAUGAUUGAAACUACGUCUCUGUUGUUUGAUACAGAGAAGGAAGUGGAGUUAUUCAAAAGUAUCUUAAAGAAAGAAUCUAAAUAUGAACAUAGUCAUUUCAAAGCCCUAGAUAUGGACCGCAGGAUCCGUUUUGGAACUCAGCCCAUGUCUUCUCUCAGAGACAGUUUGGAGCUGGCAAAAAUAAAAAAGAAGAAUGCAGAAAAUGAAAAAAAUAACCAAAACUUAAGAUGGUUUGAUCAAACUCACCAGGUAAUAAUAAAAAGUAAAGAAAAAUGUAGUGAAGAGAACACCAGUGAAAUAUCUUCUACACAGUUGCAAAGUGUCCAAACUACAAGUAACGCUCCUAAGACUACUUUAAGUGUUGCUGCUCCCACUUCACCUUCACUGGGCACAGAAAAACAUCAGGAAUAUCCUCAGAUACCAAAACCGAGUGUUAAUGCUGGAGAAUCAGACAAAGCAAGUAUAUCUCUGCAUACUGUCAAGUCAGCUGGAUCCUAUUUUGCUAAGCAAGCUUGGAUGAUAUCAAAAGGUGAAGAAAUUAACUCCCCAGUAAGUAUUAGCAAUUCUAAAAUUCACGAAGGGAGUCAACACAAAAGUAAGGCAAAGAUAACUAGUCGACCAAGAGCCCAGUCAAGUUUUAUGCCCAAGAAUAGAAUAGGCACUGUAGUCUGUCCACAGGCUGCUACCAAAGCCAACAAAAUUUUAAAAGCUCAAGAGAAAAUUUUAGCACCUCACCCACCAUCUGCACCUCUGCCAGGAAACAGAACUGGCAAAACUGUAGCCAGGCCUGCGUGUCAACCACUGCAUUCUUCAAAUCUUCAAACUACCAAUAUUAACUGUAACCACUUAAAUGAAAGGCAUGUUUUGUUAGAAGACCAGGUUUUAAAUGGAAACAUUACAGAAAAUAGUAACAGUUAUGCUUGCACUUCUGACUUGGCCACUGUGAUUUUAUCUACACCUUUUUGUAGCAAGUCUAAAUACAAACCUUUGACAAAAAAUAUUUGUUCUGUAAACAGUGUUCAGGCAAAUGCCUGUCGAGACUGUUCAGUAGUAACCUACACUAAAAGAAGACCUGUUAAAGCAGAAAAUGGAUUAUAUCGAGAGCAGAUCCCAACAGCUGAAAAAACAAGUGCCUCACGGCAAGGAGAGCAUAAUGCUCAGAGGGAGUGUGCUACUGGUAUUCUUCCUGUCACAGGACAAAAUCAGAUUUUUGACAGCUGUGAAAAUAAACACAGAGCUUUUUUGGAAAAAAGAAGAAAAACUGUAGCCUCUAGAAGAUGGAGGUCCACUCAUACAGAGGUAAAUAUGAGAUACUUGACCAGCUUUUCCUUUUCUGUCCAGCUGAAUCCUAUUCAAUCUGCAUUUGAGCCAGUACAAAAUACGAAGAAUACCUAUGAAUCUGAUGAAGUUUCAGAGAGCACUGUUCAGUUUCUUAUGGCAGAGAAACUAUCAGGUACAUCGUGUGCAGAAGAUGAAAUCCUGGCAGCUAUGGAAGGUUCACAACCAGCCACACAACCCUUGCUUCCUAAUAAGGCUCAAUGCCGAGGCAUGAGUGCACUUUCAAUGGAAGAACUAAGGAUUUUCCAGUCUCUUGAUCACCUCGAUCAAAGGCUACAAAGUGUACAAGAAGCCAUUACCAGAAACAUAUCUACUUCAAGUGUUUUACAGCUAAUUUCUCCUUUGGUAAGAAUUGGCUCAGCUUUAGUUUCUAUUAGCUGA